GUUACCCCCGGGGAUGCGUAUGGGCGCGGACGGGGCAUUUGGGGAGUUCGUGGAGGGGCUUGGCCCGGGUCAGCUGGUUGGGCGGCAGGUGCUGGGGUCAGCCUGCCUGGGAGAGAUCCAGCUCAGUCUGUACGACCGCAAAGGUCAUCUAGAGGUCGAGGUCAUACGGGCCCGGGGACUAAUGGCCAAACCAGGGGCAAAAAUAUUGCCAGCUCCGUAUGUGAAAGUAUACAUCAUUGAGGGCAAGCACUGCAUUGAGAAGCAGAAGACAACAGUCGCCAGGCGCACACUGGACCCGCUCUACCAACAGCAACUAGUCUUCACGGAGCCCUACACAGACAAAGUAGUACAGCGCACAUUACAGCUCACAGUAUGGGGGGAUUACGGUCGCAUGGACAGGAAAGUCUUCAUGGGUGUGGCUCAAAUCAUGCUUGGCCAGCUGGAUCUGUCGAACAUUGUGAUUGGCUGGUACAAGUUGUUUUCUUCGUCCUCAUUGGUCAGUCACCAUUCCUCAUCUACUGGUACCCUUACUUCAACAAACAGAAAGGGAUCCAGCACUUCAUUGGAUAGUGGAUAUAACCACAGUACCAGGACCUAGCGGGUAACCAGUUGAGCUAAACUGGAUCAGAUGAGCCUUGUUGUGAGAAAAGUGGGCUUACUGCAUGUGCAUAAAGUGUCAGCAUAAAUUAGCCUGCGCAGUCAGCAUGGGCUUAUCAGGGACACUCUCUGCCUAUUUGUUUUAGCCUGCGCAGUCAGCAUGGGCUUAUCAGGGACACUCUCUGCCUAUU